AUGCCUAUACUGGACAUGGGAGAGAUGAACAUUCCAGAAUUCGACGACGGAGAUUUCUACAGCUGGGAUAACGCCGCCCAUGCGAGCCCGUCGUCGAUCUCCCCAGCUCUACCAAAGCCGAAUGAAACCCCCGACGCCGGCAUGCAGGAUGGCUCCGGCGGUGAAGGGUACUUUGGAACCCAAGAGGCCUCCUCUACCGGUAGUUCGUCUGCUUCUGCCUCUGCCUCUUCUCGGAACGAGAGCGAGGGCACGGCGAUCGAUGAUCUGAUCGCGCAAGUGACGGCUGUGAACACACGUGCCUCCCGGGCGACCCGCCAACUCCACCGAAACUCCGGCCGCAGUCUUCCGCUGAUGGUCAACUCCCCGGAGAUCAACGAAGCCUUCGAAACGGCAAACGCUCUCGUCCAAAUCGUGAACAAUAUUCCGUUGGCGAGAUUCACCUCGUCCUCCUCCUCCUCCUCCUCCUCUUCCCCAACCACCACCACCUCUCCUCCCGGCGAUGAGCGCGACUUCCACCACGCAACCGGAUACGGCCUCAUCUUCCUCGCCCUAGCUUCGCACCAGCACGUCCUCGCCCUAUUCCGGGCCAUAUGCGCUUCCAUCCAGCGCUUAGUGGGUUUCGUAGCCGGGGCCUCCGAGCCCCAGCGUGCGCUGCAGCCCGCCAUCCACGGCGACGAAGCCUCCUACGCCCAAUUCGUCAUGGUGCUGCAACUCAUCAUGCACCUGGUCAACCGCUUGGACCGGAGUCUCCAGAUCGCAAGCGAGAAAUCACACGCUUCAUCACAUCCUGCAACGGCGGAAAGGCUCCCUUCCAUCACACAUUUGCCCGUGCAAGAGCCCACACCGGAUGCGGAAGGAGAGCAAGGCAGCAGCGAGGGCGUGGGCGUGGGCCCCCCGGCGGCGGCGCGGUUUGUGGAUUUCGCGCAGGAUUUGAUGAGGAAGUUGCCGAGUGAGCAUGAGCGGUUGAGGCGGGUAAUUCAGCGGUUGCAGACACAUAUGGAGGAGAGGUUAAAUGCCUGA